AUGGACAAUAUAGAAUUCGAUAUAAACUGUGCUCUCAAGCACUACAUGAGCGAUCCAGCCUCAAUCGCUACGCCAGAGGCAGACUCUAAUCUUCUUGAUUGCGAUAAAGAUCCAGAACUGUUAACAGAUUCUCUUGUCAACUCAAUUUUAGACUCGAUAGUGGACGCCGUUGCUGGGAACCCAGAGGCUAUUAUCAGGCGCUACUUGUUUGACUCAUUACAAUUUCUCUUAAAAUCCUCUUCUAUUCUAUCCAUAAACGUACUAAGUAAGAUUCUCGAUCUUAUCGUUUCCGCUCUUUCUAUCCAAGUCGAUAAUGUUCACAGUGACCUCGAGAGCGAUGAGCAAGAAGUUUUGGCCAACCACAAGCAGCUCCUCGAAGUGUUGAGUUUUCUUUUACAAUGGGCAAUAUCCACAGUGGAAACAAAGAUAACAGAAAAGUCCACAACUGCCCCAGCUGUACGAGUCCGAGGCAAGUCAACCAAAGUUAAGGCAGGUGGGAAAAGCCAUGGCAGUGCCUGGGAUCCAACUACACAAUUGCAAACAGCCUUAGAUACUAUUUGCAAAACUUUGAAACUGAAACUAUCUAAAAUAUUUUUGACCACCUCAGAACGAGACACUCUAAUUGGUUUACUAACUAGACCAGUUUAUAUGGUACUAGAGAGUGAGCAAAGAACUAAGAAUACAACAAUACGAAUGCACGCAUUUAAAGUCUUGUGUACAGCAAUCAAACACCAUGGUCAUGGUUAUGCCGCACAAAUAUCUAUAAUUCAAAACCUCACAUACUUUGAGCACUUAGCAGAACCGAUGGCUGAAUUUCUUCACAUAUUAUCGGAACAGUAUGAUUAUCCACAGCUCACAGACGAGAUUCUCCGCGAAUUGAGUAAUAAAGAGUACAAUAGCAACGACACCAAGGGCCCUAAGUCAGUCUCAUCCUUCAUGGUAAAGCUCUCAGAGCUAGUUCCAAGGAAUGUUCUCAAACAAAUGACAUUAUUAGCCAAACAACUCGACAGUGAAUCAUACACUCUUAGAUGUGCGCUUAUCGAAGUUUGUGGAAACCUUAUAGUAGAACUAAGUCGCCAAGAGGAACGUAACGAAAACCACAAGACGCAGCUGAACGCUUUUUUUGAUGUCCUGGAAGAACGCUUCUUAGAUUUAAAUCCCUACUGCCGCUGUCGAACAAUUCAAGUUUAUAUAAAGCUCUGUGAUCUUGAACAGAAGUUCCCUAAACGACGACAAAGAGUAGCGGAACUAGCUGCUAGGAGCCUCGGAGAUAAAAGUAGUAAUGUUCGUCGGAAUUCGAUCAAGCUUCUUAGGUCUCUCAUCAAAACUCAUCCCUUCAGUAUUAUGCAUGGAUCUCAACUUUCGAUGAAGGAAUGGACAGCUAGACUUCAGGAAAUUGAUGCAGAAUUAAAUGAAUUGAAUCCUCCAACGGAAACGAUAGGCUUUGGAGAGAAAGAACAAGUUGAUCAGGAUCUACUAGAUGAUGCAACUGUUGUCGAGUCAGAAAGUUCUCAGAAGAUUGGAAAAGAAGAAACAUUGACUGAUCCGCCAGAAAAUUCCAAGGAAACUUCUGCAAAAUUAGAAACUAUAAAAAGACUAACACUGACACGAAGAUAUUACGCAGAAGCACUAAAAUUUAUUAAGGUCUUGCACGAUGCUACACCUACAAUCUGCCAACUUUUGGGAUCCAAGAACAAAAGCGAAGUAAUAGAAGCUAUGGACUAUUUUGAAAUCGGUGAUGCCUAUAACAUCGAACAGAAUAAGCUCGGCAUUCGUAGAAUGCUACGACUCAUCUGGACGAAAGGAAAUAGUGACGAAGGCAAGGCAGUACAGAACCACCUCAUUGAAUGCUACAACCGCCUAUUUUUCGAGGCACCCGAUGUCUACAGCAGCAAUGACGCUGCAAACUAUAUUGCGAGGAAUAUGAUUAGCUUGACUUUUGGUGCGACACCAGCAGAGCUGACGUCACUAGAGCAACUUCUCAAUAACAUGAUGGAUUCAAACUAUAUUUCAGAUCUCGUCAUCUCAAAACUCUGGCAAGUUUAUGGCGUUGAUAAAAGAGAGAUCUCAAGGAGUCAACGAAGAGGCUCUAUUAUUGUUCUUGGAAUGCUUGCAAGAGCCAAACCAGAAAUUGUUAUCGGAGAAAUAGAAACAAUGCUCCGAAUAGGUCUCGGGAGAUUGGGAUGGGCAGACUUUAAUUUAUCAAAGUAUACCUGUAUAGCACUCGGCAGGAUUAAUUCUACGGAAAGGAAAACGAAGGUUGAAAGAGCUCAAUUUGCCAAGCUUUCUAAUGACCACUUAGUCCUUCAAAGGCUUGCAGCUAUGGUUGCUAUCGAAACAGAUAAUAAAGAGUGGUACGGGGUUGCUGAACAGGCACUGAAUGCCAUCUACGCCCUCUCUCAACAUCCAGACACCUUAUGCUCAGAAAUCUUGCGGAAAAAGUCCUAUUCUGUAUUCCAACGACGCGAGACUCAGACUCAGCAAUACAAUAAAGACACAAACGCGUCAAGGCUUUUAACACCUCCACCUGAAGAACCUGAGGAUCCGGAAAUUCCUGAAAAUAGAGUCAAGGGAUCAGUCGUUCUCUCGCAAUUACUUUUUAUUGUUGGCCACAUCGCUAUCAAACAGAUAGUGUACCUUGAACUUUGCGAGCUUCACUUCAAACGAGUCAAGGCUGAAGCUGAAAAAAUUAAGGUUCCAGCAGCAGAGUCAGCAAACCAGAGUACUAUGGACGCUUCGGAUGACCUAGAUCUAAUUGGUGGCACGACAGAAGAUGACUUCACUGAAGCAAUUGCGCAUAUCCGCGAGCGGGAGCUGCUUUAUGGUGAUAAGUCUUUACUUGCAAACUUUGGGCCCCUAGCCACUGAGAUUUGCUCUAAUAUCAUGACUUAUCGAGAUCAAAACCUACAGGCUGCUGCUACACUCUGCCUAGCCAAGUUAAUGUGUGUUAGCUCUGAGUAUUGUGAAUCAAACUUACCAUUACUAAUCACUAUCCUCGAACGUUCCGAAAACCCGAUUAUUCGGUCGAAUGCGGUUGUUGCGCUAGGUGAUAUAGCGGUUUGCUUCAACCAUUUAAUCGACGAAAAUACAGAUUUUCUUUAUCGAAGGCUGAGCGACAAAGAUGCAAGCGUGAAAAGAACUUGUUUAAUGACACUAACUUUUCUUAUUUUGGCAGGUCAAGUCAAGGUUAAAGGACAACUAGGGGAGAUGGCAAAAUGUCUCGAAGAUGGUGACAAGAGAAUUGCCGACUUGAGCCGCAUGUUUUUUACUGAGCUCAGCACCAAAGAUAAUGCCGUUUACAAUCACUUUAUCGAUAUGUUCAGCUUGCUAAGCGCUGAAAAGAACCUUGAAGAAGAUGCCAUGCGGAGGAUCACAAAAUUCUUAACCGGCUUUAUCGAGAAGGAUAAACAUGCCAAACAGCUAGCUGACAAACUAGCUGCUCGUCUCGCAAGAUGUGAGACUGAGAGGCAGUGGAACGACGUCGCUUACGCAUUGAGCUUAUUGCAACACAAAAAUGAGGAUAUAAACAAGCAGAUUUCAGGGGGUUUCAAAAUGGUACAGGCGACUAGUUGA